UCUCUUACAUUUUUAUUAUUCCAUUUCAAAAUUCGUUAUCCCACACCUUUCUCCUGUUCGCCGACGACGACCUGAAACCACACCCAGUCACCCACCGAGAGAUCCCGGCGGUUUCUCCCCUCUCAUGGCUUCCACGGAGGGCCUUGUCCCAAUCACCCGCGCCUAUCUCUCCUCCUACUACGACACCUACCAAUUCCCUCCUCUCUCCGACGACAUCCCCCGCCUCUCCUCCCACAUCCGCUCCCUCACCGCCGAUUUACUCUCCCACUCUCCCCCCUCUCCAGGAGAAGAGAGACUAGUGGUGGACGAGUCGGAGAGCCGGCCGCCGCAUAAAGUGGACGAGAAUAUGUGGAAGAAUCGGGAGCAUAUUGAAGAGAUACUCUUUUUACUCGACCGGCCUCACUGGCCUCAAUCGCUUCAAGAGCCUUCGAGUCCCGAAGAUGCUCAGUUGGCUACUGUUCUCACUCGCCUGCAUCACAAGUUCAACACGACCUUGAAGGCGUUGGAGUCUUUUCAGGCCAAGAAUUCCGAGCGUGUGUUCAAUACAGUUAUGACAUACAUUCCGCAGGAUUUCCGGGGGAGGCUGAUUAGACAGCAGAGGGAGCGGUCUGAGAGGAAUAAGCAAGCCGAGAUUGAGGCUAUGAUUAGUUCCGGGAGGAGUAUACGCGAUCGUUACGCUGUCUUGUGGAAGCAGCAAAUGGAGAGGAGGAGACUGUUGGCGCAGCUUGGUUCUGCUACUGGUGUCUACAAAACCCUCGUCAAGUACCUGGUUGGUGUUCCGCAGGUUUUACUAGAUUUUGUUCGCCAAAUAAAUGAUGAUGACGGGCCCAUGGAAGAGCAGCGACAACGUUAUGGACCACCUUUGUACAGCCUUACAACUAUGGUGCUUCUUGUACGUCUUGCUAUUCUGCUGUCUUGGGGGCGGUUUGAAACUAGAAAAUUAAACAAGCAAGAGGUAGCUCUCUUAGAACAAGCUGUUGACGUCUACACCACUGAGUUUGAAAGGUUUAUUAAGUUUAUCAGUGAGGUUUUCGCGAAUUCGCCCUUCUUUAUUUCAGCAGAGGUUGCCGGUGCAUUAGAUGGAGGGAAUAAUGAUGAUUACAAAGAGGCAGGUGUUCCAGCCGGGAAGACACACGAGGUUUCUCUGUCUGUGGACUCGAUAAAUUCUUACAUUGCGUGGGAUUUUUCACUUGUGCAAGGGAAGAUGAAUGUGGAUAUCGGAUUUAGCGUGGAGUAUACAAAUGCAUCUGGGGAGAAAUCUCUCAUUUUACCUUACAAACGUUAUGAGUCUGACCAAGGAAAUUUCUGCACGUGUGAGGCUGGAAAGUACAAACUUAUUUGGGACAAUUCAUAUUCAAGUUUCUUCAAGAAGGUUCUGCGCUAUAAGGUAGAUUGCAUACCUCCAGUUGUUGAGACGGUGCCUCCUGCAAGUGAAGGUGAAGAAUGCUGAUUUGUACCACCACCUCAACUUGUAGAGGAUGUUUUAGCCUCAUGUGAUAGAUGCUAUAAGUAUUUGAUUUCAGUUGCUUUAAAUUGUAUCAUUUUAUUCAUUGUUCUUUGUCUUGCAUCUCCUGAGGUGGGUUAUUCAUAUGAUUUCCAUCGUAUCAGUGAUGCUGCUGUUGAUUGAUGUUACAGAAUGUUGUAUAAUACCCUAUGUAUAUUUAACUGAUUACCUCAAUGUACUCUUUGUUACAAUGUCUAUCAAACGUAAUAAAAGCUCAUAAGGCCAUGAAUCUCAUUCUGAAUUG